AUGGCGGCUCAGACCACCGGCUUCACUGCUCAGUUUUGGAGCUUCAAAAUGAUCUCCAUGGCUUGUAUUGGGGUCCCGGCUUUGGGACUUGCCUACCUUUUCGGAAUUGUCGUCUACAACAUAUACUUCCAUCCCUUGCGCAGAUACCCCGGCCCCAAGCUCUGGGCAGCCACGAGGAUCCCUUACACCCGCAUCAGCCUCUCCGGACAGGUGCACCGCAGAAUCCUGGCGUUGCACCGUGAGUACGGCCCCGUCGUGCGCAUCGCCCCCGAUGAGCUCGCGUACAACCACCCAGACGCCUGGAGGGAUAUCCACGGCCACCUCAAGAACGGCACGGGCGACCACGGCAGAGACCCCGUCUUCACGGUGGACAGCAGACACAGCAUCAUCGGCGCCGCCCGCGAGGACCACUCCCGCUUCCGCCGGGCCCUGUCGCACGGCUUCUCGGCGCAGUCGAUGGCCAACCAGGAGCCCAUCAUCAAGGGCUACGUUGACUUGCUGCUCCGGAAGCUCCACGAAAAGUCUGCUGGGGGGACCCGGAGCCUCGACAUGGUCUCGUGGUACAACUGGACGACCUUCGACAUCAUCGGCGACUUGGCCUUCGGGGAGCCCUUCAACUGCCUGGACGAUUCGGACUAUCAUCCGUGGGUCAAGCUCAUCUUCGACAACGUGAAGGCGGGUGCUUUCAGACUGAACGCGAGGCGAUAUCCAUUGGUUGAGAAGCUGCUGAUGAAUUUCGUGCCGGCCAAUCUCAAGAGAAAGCGCGCGCAGCAUGUGGCGCUCACGCAUGAAAAGGUGACGAAACGACUCUCGGCCGAGUCUACACGGCCGGACUUUAUGGAUUCGAUGCUGAGAAAGAGCGACGCUCGGGAACUCACUUUCGACGAGCUCAAGUCCAACGCUUCGACCCUGAUCAUCGCCGGGUCCGAGACGACCGCCACGGCCCUGUCGGGCAUCACGUAUUUCCUUUUGUCGGACGCCGGCGUUUAUCGGAAGCUCAACGACGAGAUUCGCGGCACGUUCGCGACCGAAGGCGAAAUCGACAUGGUCAGCGUGCAGAAGCUGGGCUACCUGCAGGCCGUGAUCAACGAGGGCUUGCGGAUGUACCCUCCGGUCCCAACCGGGAUCGUGCGCCGCGUGACCGAGGACGGGGGCGUGUUCCUGGGGCAGUACGUGCCGAGCGGCGCUUGGCACUGGCCUACGUACCAUGACCCGGAGAACUUUACUCUUCCUGACUCGUUCAUCCCCGAGCGCUGGCUCAACGACCCUCGCUUUGCAGGCGACAGGAGAGACGGGUUCCAGCCCUUCACCGUUGGGCCGAUGAAUUGCAUUGGGAGAAACCUGGCCUACGCGGAGAUGCGUCUUAUCCUCGCGAGACUCAUCUGGAACUUUGACAUGACACUCACCGAAGACAGCAAGGGUUGGUAUGAGAGAAACCAGGUAUACCUGUUGUGGGAGAAGGGACCGGUCAAUGUUGUCCUCGUCCCCAGAGACUUGGGCUCGGGGCAAGUGGCAUGA